AUGGAGAAUCUUCUCUCCCCUCUGAAUAGCGUUAUUGCCACAUGGCUGAGCCCUGGCUUCACUUCCUGGAUAUUUGAUAUCAUCUUUGCCUUCCUGGCUAUCUGGAGGAGCUCCCUGAUCCCCUGGUUAAGGUGUGUAAACCAGCACCUGCUAAAGACCAUCAGCCACACGGGGUGCGUGUGGAAGAUGCUGCUCUGGUCACUGCAUCCGCACUGGCUGCCCCAGCUCCUGUGGCUGAGCGCCCUCUAUCCUUUGGCUGAGCGCCCUCUGUCUGUGGCCUCCAUCCUGUCAGCAGAACCUCAAGAAGACCAGCCUGAGUGGAAGAGAAUCACACCAGGCACUUCAGGCCUUGACCGUACCAUGUCAUUCCUAUCCUUGUGGCAGGCGACUGCCAAGGCCUUGUUCUUCCCCACCUCCUCACAUCACCAAUCCCAGCAAGAGCAUCUUUCCCACCACCCAGCAAAGGCCUUGUUCCAGGGAGACCCCACACGCAGGCAGAUAGAGGCUGGUGGCCCCUCUUUCAUCAACCCCUCUUUCAUCAACCCCGAUGUUCAAAAUCUGCUGGAGACACUAAUCACCAAGAGGGCAGAACGGAAGAUGUGGAAGGAAAAUCAAAAGGUCAGGUCAUUUCUCAACCAACAGAGCCCAGAAUCCUUCUGGAGCCUGAAAGACAAACCAGAGCAGCUGCCCAGCCCUCAGGAGCUCUCUUAUCCCAGGAUCUCGGAGGACCAUUUACAGCAGAAAUGCAGCCAGUUCUUCUGGGGCCUUUCUUCUCUGCACAGUGAGUCCCUAAUGGCUACUGCCUGGGUCUCUCGAAAGCAUUCCUCACAACCUUCUUCCUCAGUAACUGUUUUAUUCAAUAGAUUCUCUAAUUCUUGUCCAGCUCAAGCUCAGGCUACAGUACCUUCUCACCUUUCCCAGGCCAAGCCCUUGCCCCACCAUGUGGCCCAACUCCAACUCCUGUCUCAAAACUGGCGCUCACCUCUGACUCAGGUCCAGACACAGGCCCAUCCCCCAUCCUCUCUCCCAAAUCCAUUACGUUGUUCUCCACCUCUGACUAGGACCAGUAGAACAUCAUGUCCUACAUCCCAGAAGGAGUCACCAUCUUUCAUCCGAACUAGCCAUCAGCAUCUGGAAUGGCCCUCACAGAAGCGACUGAAACAGACUAGGGAUUUACCUUCUGUGUUCAGAGGAUCUCAGGAAGGCUUCAGCCAGCACUCUUCCAAGCUUCCCCAGACCCACAAACUCGCCUCCAUCCUUCCUGGGGCUUCUACCAGCCCUUAUUUCCAAGAGCCACUGCAGCUGCAAGGCACGUUCAUCAAAGAUGAACACCCCUAUGGUCUUGGGCAACUGACAAGGCCUCAAGGUGAAUUCUCACCAAUGACAUAUCAGUGUCAGGCAAAAAUCAAGCAUGGGCCCUCCACGCAUUCUGGAUUUGUGGAUGAAAGCAGCCAGAAUGCACAGAAGACGGAGUCCAGGAGCUCUGGAAGAUUCUGUAAAAAGGGCCCAGGAAAGUUCAAACUAGAGAAAGACCCAAGUAAGAAUCCAGGCCAAGAUCAGGAAAGCGUCUUGGAAGAUCCAUCCAAGGAUUCAGGAAGCACCUCAGCGAAGGUUGUCGAAGUCUAUACGGAGUCAUCAGAAAGUGACUCAAUGAGGCCCCAGGAAGUGUGGCGCUGGGAGCGCAGG